AUGUCAAGCGUCCAAGAUCUUCAGCAGGCCACAUCUUCCACAGCUGCACCAGUACUUAAUAAUAAUGUUACCAGUAAUAAAUUGAAAUCGAAAAAUAAGACAUGCUCAACAACAACGGUUCAUAAAAGGCAACGUGUUACGAGAGCAUGCGAUGAAUGUAGAAAGAAGAAGGUAAAAUGUGACGGACAACAACCUUGUGUUCAUUGUACCGUUUAUAACUAUCAUUGUACUUAUGAUCUUCCUUCUAAAAGGGGUUGGAAAAGGGAUAAUAAUAAUAAUAGUAAGAAAAAGAGUGCAAUUCAUUCAAAAAUGGCGACAGAUAAAUACAAAAGCAAUGGUACUUAUAUAAUAAAGAAAAUGACCAACAGGGACAGAAAACAAAAACAAAUACCCAUAAUAGAAAAGAGUAUCCAUAAUAGUGAUAACGCGAACCUACCGGCAAGUUAUGAAGUUAAUACUAACUAUACUGAUAAUGAUGUAACAACAUCACACGAUGAUAACAAUAGCAGCAGUAGUUGUAGUAGUAAUAAUGGCAGUAGUAGUAGUAGUAGUAGUAGUAGUAGCAGUAGUGGUAGUAGUGAUAGUAACAGCGGUAAAAAAAAUAACAAUGAAAGUAAUAAUUUCGGAAGUCUUUCGGAGAAAAAGACCGCUAAAAGCCGAAAUGAAAAUAAAAAACAUAAAGCGCCCGAUUUAAAGGGGAUGAGCAACUCAGCUAGAAAGCGGAUAUCGCCAACAACACUUGAGCAACAACAACAACAACAACAACAACAACAACAGUACCAACAGUACCAACACCAAAACAACAAUAUCACUGCGACUGAAAAGAGUUGUUUCUCUUUUACACAUACUAAAAUGAAUAGUAAUAACACCAAUAUCAGCAAUAAUAAUGUUGAAGAUAUUGAGAAUUUUGGAUUGGAUUUAUUAUCAGAUAAUUUUAUUACCUCCAACAAUUUCAUUAACACCUCUAUGACUGGACCUAGUGCACUAAGCAACAAUACUAACUCCACUAGUGCUAACACAAGUGAUGUCGCUCAUACACAUAGUUCUGAAUCACUGGAGGCUGCAUCUUUGAGACAGAAGACAAAUACGGCCAUAGUCACCACGGGCAAUACUACCCCAACCAAUAGUAUUACUACUCCUGUCAGUGACAAUGUUAACAAUAGUCCUAACGUGGCUACAACAACAGGUUUCAUUAAAAUAAAAAAAGAGUCACCCAAAAUAACAACACCUACCGUUGUUUCUACCACAAAAAGUUUCAAUAAGGUAACCAAACAGCAAAACAAGAAAACUACUAGAAAUACAACCAAAAAGAUGAAUGAGGAAAAAUUAAAAAAAUAUGAAGAGUUGUUUAAUGCACUAUUGCCUGGCUUGCCUUCUAUCCAAAAUUUAGAUACCACCACAUUUCUACAAGUUUACAAAAACUUUAAAAGACCUCAAGAUAAUGGACUAGCUAUCGCCAUUCACCAAUAUGAUAUUUUGAUUGGCGGAGACCGUGUUACUGCCAGCCCAAAACACCAACAGAAACAACGGACGGUAGAUUCUGAAGACGCUGUUACUGGUGGGAUAACCAACUCAGACAACACCGCAAGUAAUUACAACAAUAAUGGUACGAGCUUGGAUUUCCCAUAUAGAAAUUAUGCUAAUCUCAAUACUUUAAUGUCCGAAGAUUUGGUGCAAGUAGUAUUACCUCCGAAAGACAUUGCUAUGUUUUUCAUUAGACAAACUUGGCAGGAUUGCUGUGUUUUAUUUAGGUUUUAUCACAGACCAAGCUUUAUUAGAUGCUUUGACUUACUAUAUGCCACACCUCCAAAUGAAUAUUCCGAGGAGUUGAAAAAUUUUUUACCACUUUGUUAUUCAGUGAUGGCAGUUGGUGCAUUGUUUUCUAAAAACAAUGGAAAAAAGUUGGAACAUAUUUCCAGAGAUUUUGGUACUACAAAAGAUUAUCAUAAAUUCCUACAAGACGAAGGUUACAAAUAUUUCAUUGCCGCUAGGAAAUUAAUUGAUUUAACCAACGCUAGAGAUUUGUAUUCCAUUCAAACCAUUGUUAUGUUAUUUAUUUUUUUGCAGUGUUCUGCGAGAGUGUCUACAUGCUAUACAUUUAUUGGUGUUGCUAUGAGAAGUGCAUUGCGGGAAGGAUUGCACAGGAAUAUUCCCUUGGGUACUCCCGGAUUUACUCCAUUAGAGAUCGAAAUGAGAAAGAGAAUUUUUUUUUCAAUUUAUAAAAUGGAUGUGUAUGUAAAUACAAUGCUAGGGUUACCAAGAACAAUAUCCCAGAGAGACUUUGAUCAGACGUUACCAUUGGAGCUAAAUGAUGAUUACAUCACCGAAGAAGGCAUAUACCCUGAGAGACAAGGGAAUGAGUUGUCAUCAAGUGGUAUAGCUAAUCAACAUACCAAGUUGAUUAUGAUUUUAGACAACAUCGUGGCUGGUUUAUACCCAAUUAAAAAGCCAAAUAACUUGAUUUCCCACAAAUUUGUAACCAGACUAGAAUUAGAUUUAAGGGAAUGGCUAAACCAAUUGCCACCAGAAUUAAUUCCUGGGUUACAAGAUAUACCAACAAGGUGUUAUAAAGCCAAUAGGCUAUUACAUUUAGCGUUCCUUCACGUUCAAAUCGUGUUGUACAGACCAUUUAUUCAUUAUUUGUCGUAUAAUCCAUUAACCUGGCCGUCAUCUCGGCCAAAGCCCGAUCCACUAUCCAUCCAACGUGCCAAAAAUUGUAUUAGUGUUGCAAAAACCGUUAUUGCAUUAGCAGAAGAUAUGAAUGGCUCCGAUAUGCUAUCCGGUUCCUACUGGUUUAGUAUAUAUACCAUAUUUUUUUCAGUGGCUGGUUUAAUCUUUUAUAUACACGAAGUUGCUCCAACCACCGAGGAAAGCAUGAAAGAAUAUGAAGAGAUUGUGAAGCUAGCUAAAGUUGGGAAAAGAAUAUUGGAUAGUUUGAAGGAUUGCAGCAUGGCAGCUUCUAGGACUUAUAAUGUGUUGAAUUUAUUAUUUGAAAGCUUAAAUAAUAGGACUAGACAGUAUGUGGAAAGGAAUUUGAAUGGUGGUCGUAACAAUUUGAAUAAUGGUAGCACUAAUGUUAAUAACAACGCGGCUAUGAAUAUAUUAAGCAGUGAAACACCGACUCCAACUAAUAAAAGGAAUAAUAUCGCCACCUCUACUACUACCACCGCUACCGCUGCAACCGAUACGAGCGACCCAAUCACUGAUAAUAGCAAUGCAACUAAUAAAACCAGUAUUUCUGGACUACAACAAUUGCAAGACCAAAGGUCAUUAUCGUCUACAAUAUUAAAAGCUAUUAAUCCCCAACCAGAGGGCUUUCAACAAUCAAUUGAGAAUUAUUAUAACAUUAAUUGGGAAAACUUGGAUGAAUUGGUUACCUCAAGCAUUAAUGCCACUGUUGCUACAUCUAAUGGAAAUAUCAAGAGUGAAAAUAAUAAUACUGAUUCUAAUACUUUAGCUCAUGCUGCUUUUCAUAAUAACAGCGACACCGCGAAGAUUGCUGGUGGUACUAAUAACGUAAACUCUUUUGGCUUCAAUCCUGGUCCUUAUAACAAGACUGUUGGGAGCUCCACAAAUCCGAUUGCCCAAUCAACAGAUAAUAACGUUAAUGCUACCAAUUCCAAUAUUUUUGCCAUCAACUCUAGUAUCAAGAAUCCUAGGAACGUUUUAUCAAAUAGUGCAAAGUUUAUUCCCUUAAGUGCUAGCAGUGGCCAAUCGAUUACUGGGGUUAGUACAAGAAUCUCAAAAAGUGCAGGAACAUCUUUAUUGAAUUUGGAUAUGAAUGAAAACACACCUACCACAUCACUAACUGCACCUGGAAGUUCCAAUACUGGUGAUAUUAAUUAUGCUGAUCCUCGUGGCAAUUUUGUCGGAAAACGUAAACAAAAUGCAAACAGAAUUCAAGACGAUAAGAAGAAAAAGAAAAAGAAGAGGAAAAGGAAUGAUACUAGAAACAACGGUCACAAUAUGGACAAUGAAGUGAACACCAAUGUUGCUACUAUUAAAGAUGAUGAUAGCAACAAUAAUACUGAGCUAAGUGCUGCCGCUACUUUUACAUCAAGUGAUUCUGAAGAGGAAGAGGAAGGAGAAGAAAAGGAAAAGGAAAAGGAAAAAGAAGAAAAACAAGGAAAAGAUCUACGGAAAGUAAAAGAGAAUGACAUAUCUAACUUAAACUUUGAUGAUCAAUUACUUAAUACUACUUCUGCCACUGUCACUACAACAACUUCUGAUAUUACUAGCAAAAAUAAUGAUUCAGAUACAAAUAAAAUAGUCACACCAAUUUCUAAAUCUAUCCCUGCUUCUUCAUCAUAUGUUCCUGGUGUGUUUGAUCAAUUGGAUAUGCAAUUAUUUGGCAGGUUUUUACCACCAUAUAUGUCUAGGGGCAUGGAUUCCGUACCAAUUAACUCCGAAACCAAUAAUAAAAAUAGUAAGAGGGACCUUAACUAA